AUGAAUAUGUUGGAUGAUGAAGAUGACCAAAGCUUUCACGCUACGCGUGACGGCUACUCCCAUUUGAGCAAUGUCGAAUGGGAUGCGGUUGAACGAAUGGGUUCGACCAUGGGCAUCCAUGCUGUUAGCGUCAUGCUAGAGGCUCUCAAUAGAGAUGCCCAACAUGCUACUAUCGCCAAGUUCAUUCAAAAUAAACGUGAAGCUGAACGCGAGAAAUUAGCCUUGCUUCACCAACAAGGUUCUCAACAAGCAGAGUUGUUGAGAGAACAGGGUGCUCAACAGUUUGAACUGUUGAGACAGCAGCAGGCUGCUGCUGGUGGGUCGAUGCGUUUAGUUCGUUGGAAGUCUCCAAGUCGCGGCUCAGACAAACGUUUGAACCGCCUAGAGCUGAGUUCAGGGCUCGAACCGAACUCUUGA